AUGUCUGGUUUAACUAAACACUUUAGGUCAUCCUCGCUUUCCUGCACGGUUCGUCGCUCGUUAACCAGUACCCAACACUUUCUUAAGCAUCAACAGGAGAACCACCCAAUCUCCAGUUCCCUUGUUUCCACCGCGAAGCGAUUUCUCGUGAUCGAAACGAGCGAGACCCCAAACCCUGAAUGUCUGCGUUUUUUUUCCAUGUACCUGUCAUUUCUAAAGCCCGGGUUUUCUAUCGACCUCCCCUCCAAGGACCACGAGGCGAAGUCGCCCUUGGCCGCCGAGUUGUUCCAGAUCGACGGGGUCGACGCGAUUUUCAUCUCCGACGAGUACAUCACCGUCCGCAAGUCUCCGGAGAAGGAGUGGGAGACGCUCAUCCCUCGCAUUCAGGACGGCAUUCGGCGCUUUGCCGACAGCGGCGCGGAGACCCUGUCGAGUGAGGGCCAGGAGUCCCUGGCGGGCUACAACGACGAUACGGAGCCCAGCGAUGACGACGACGAGGUCGUCCUCGCGGUGAAGGAGCUCCUGGCGACGCGCAUUCGCCCGAUGCUGCGGGCGGACGGUGGGAAUGUGCGCUAUAUCGACAUGGACGACGGGACCGUGUAUUUGCUGCUGGAGGGUGCGUGCAAGGCCUGCCCCUCGUCCCACCUUACGUUGAAAGGAGGUAUUGAACGGAUGCUAAUGCACUGGAUUCCUGAAGUUGUGGAGACCCAGGAAGUGAGCGAUGAGGUAGCGGAAGAUAUUCUCGCCGAGAAGCGUCUUCGAAAAAAGUUGAAGGAAACUAACCAGUUGGUGAAUGCCCAUUAG